AUGGCCGACGACAGAUUAUCCCAACUGCCAAUACCUAUACUUCACCACAUACUCUGUUCCCUCUCCCAAGAAGCAGCCGUCAGAACAUGUAUUCUCUCCAAACAAUGGCGCCACAUAGGAUCAACCCGUCCCAACCUCGACUUUUCCGAAGACUGGUUGAGCAUUACACCAGAAAAAUUUGUCUCUGUCGUCGACCGAAUCAUACAAGAAUACCGUGAUCAAAACCUCUCUAUACACAAACUCCACCUCGAAAUAUCGAGCCCCGACUCACGACGGAUCAUCUCACUUCUCGACAAAUGGAUCCCGAUGAUAGCCGCCCUCAACGUAAAAGUGUUCAAACUCGACUGUUUUUCAGAAACUCGGGAUUAUUACGACCUGCCCUCGGCAGUGUUCUUAGCGGAGUCCCUCGAAGAACUACACCUGUGUCAAUGCAGGGUGAGCCCGGUUGAGAGCGUGCAGUUCAAAUGUCUGCGCAAGCUCACCCUCAUCUGGGUCAAAGUUGAUGGCGGCACUUUUGAGACGAUAACUUCGGGCUGCCCUUUGCUCAGGAGCCUGGUCAUUGAUACUUGUUGGGGGUUGAGAAACGUUAGGCUGAGCGAGGCGACAUUGCCUGGGCUCAAGCACUUUGAAUUAGAUAAUUUCAAGAGGAUCAAAGGCUGUAGCAUCGAAAUCAAUGUCCUGAAUAUCGAGACAGUCCGCAUUGAGGGCCCAUGGAUUUGGUCUAACCGUCAAAGCACAUUCUUGUUCUCUCGUCUCACGAGUUUGCGUCUCUAUUAUGUGAUCCUGUCGAGCGAGUCGUUUGACUUGUUAUCAUUCCGCUGCCCGAUUCUUGAGAGCUUGACCCUACAUAAUUGCUCCGGUUUCGAGGAAUUCCAUCUUGCAAGUAAUUCUGUCAAGUGGUUAAGAAUCUCGACAAGCGAAAUAUUGCUUAAAGGAGCUAGGAUUUGUGCCCCGAACAUUCUCAAUUUUACGUUCAUUGCCCAUAUUUCCCAGGCACUGCACACGUUCUGUUUCACGACCACUACUUCCAAGGAGUGGUGCUCACAAGUAGUCCUCUCUUCGUCACAUAAGGAUUAUCCCAAUUUCCGCGUCGAUUCGUGGUUCCUUGGGCUAAGACGAUUGCUCAAGGCACUAAGUGGGUCUCGGAUUUCCCUGUUUUUGCAGAUGGACAACAGCUCUGAGGACUUGCCCUGGAGUGCUGUUCGCAGUGGCGAGCCGCCUGUGGUGGAGCCGCCUGUGGUGGUGCGGAACUUGAAUUUUGCUACUUGUAAAUGUCGCACGGUGUCUUGGUACAUGGGAUUUACGAAUGCCUUGUUUCGUGUUUGUCAACCGAGUUACGUAUGGGGCGGUAGCCUCGUGAGCGAGCCGGGCAGAAAAUACAGGUUCACGGAGUUUCAGUUAAACAUCUAUCGUCUUGCAAACGGCAAAGUGAGGACCCCGCCCUACUUUUUGCGGCACAAUUUGGAGCAAGUGUUUGUGGAAGCUCUCGACGAGCAACCAUGGCAUCUGAUGCAGUGGUCGAACGAGAUGGAGUUGCAAAAAUGGGUGCAAGACGGGAAAAUUGGCCUUCGAUUGAAAUGGAGAUUUCAGAAUAAAUUAUUAGCCAUGGAUCCGGACUUGAAGCGGACGGUGGUGGAGGACUUGGACCGGUUUGUAAGGAGAAAGGAUAACUACCGGAGUGUGGGGAAGGCGUGGAGGAGGGGUUAA